UUGCGCGAUAUGUAUUCUCCGGAUGAAGUAGUAGCAAAAACAACAGUUAUCGUCGGCGGAAUCUGCCUGAAAAAGGAUAAAAAUUAUAACUGUACUGAAAAAGAUGUAGGGAAAACGAUGAGCGUCAAAAAAGCGUAUUAUAGUCUCUUCUUUGAAAAAAGCUGCGCUGGUAGCGAAGAUAUAGCAAUUCUCGAACUCACGGAAGACAUACCAAAGAAUAUUAAUCAUAUUUGUCUUCCACAAUUCCAUAAGACUGACGAGCUUUUUGAUCUACAGUCUACUAAGUUGUUUUCUUAUGGUUGGGGAGUUGACCCAACGAAGAAAGGAUUUAGAGACGCUCCGACGCCGUAUCUCCAAAAAAUCGAUCUGGGUGAGGAAUGA